AUGGCUUCCACUGGUGAAUUUAUCAUCAAUCUCAAUGACGAUAGACAUCCCAAUCUUGAAUUAUCCAAGUUGAAUAACGAGUCGCCGUUUUUCAAGGUCUUACCCCCGGAGGUCCAUCUCAUGAUCUACGAGUUUGCAGUGUAUGUCGACGAACUAAUCAUGCCAUGUCAAGUCGAACCUUAUUCAAACAAGUUCGUCGACAAGAAUCCUCGUUCUAUACCAAAAGAAUUCGCGACUGUCCCUCUCGCUCGCACAUGCCGAGCCAUCUACGCUGAGCUUGAAAGAUGGAAUCCCUUCUACAAGGUCAACGCAUUCAACUUUGAAACCCAGCAAAAUUGUCUUGCCUACUUAGUAGCUAUUACACCACAGCGACGCAAGCAGAUUCGAUGGAUCAACCUUGAAAUCGAGGGUUGCCGAAUUCUUGUCACUCGUGAAGCCGUGCGUGAAUGGGACGUUGAGCCCGGACUUAGGGCCUAUCUAUCGGACGGCAUGAUUCUCGACAAGAAUCUAUUGACAAUGCUUAGUCAUUGUGAUAGUCUUCACUCCCACAAGCUAUGUGUCAGGUUAGAUUUUCGCGACUACAAUACUGGAGAACCCGAGGAUAUCCUAAGCGACUUCGUGUGGCGAAUUAGGGAUACUGUACGAUUGCGAGGUCAAUGUCUCCUGUGGGAUUUACCUUUCUUCGGGUACGAGCUACUCCUUGACCCCGGUGAAAUUGACCAUUGGAGUUUGGUAGAAUUGGGCAAUGAUAUUGAUAACGCAAUAAGAGUGAAUAGGGAGAGCAUUGGCCAUGAUGGACCCCAGGGGUUUAAAGAGAUGGCUAAAAACAAUUGGCUCAACCAAACUGCAAUCACCGCUUCUAGGAUCCAAUUCCCGGGAGAGCUGCGUAUAUCAUGGAAUAAGGAGAGCAGUUCCAUCGGAUCGGUGGCUUCUCGAACUCGAGCAAAGUGCCGAGACCCCAAUACCAUCGGCAUAGUGGAACGCACGAUACCCAGAUACAACCAAGAAGGCUAUUUAAUGGAUUUUCAGGGAAUAAAUGACAUUCGAUGGGACGAAACAAGUGUGCAGUGUGAGGUAAUUGACUCACAGGGUAGAAAGGAUUGGGAGAACCUCUAUGUCGUCUUGCAUCCAGAACAUCAAUACUCGAUAAGGUUCUUCUACUAUGGUCUGAUCUGGAAAUUCCAAUCAGGGAAGGUGAGUCUCGAAAAGCUCCAAGCCGUACCGCAUCCACAGCACGUCCUCGAUAUCGCAGAAACCAUUUGGGCUCCUGAGCACUUUAUCUACAAAGACCAGAAAAAGUGGUUCCGGAGAGCGUGGCGCGAAAUGAUAGGAGAAUGGAAUUCGACAGUCGAAUAAGGUGACUAUUUAUGAGAUGGGGAACAGAAGGGAUGAAUUGGUUUGCCGCGCUAUGUGUUUUCUUAAUGCGGAAGUUCUUCUACUACGGCUUUACAAAAAAGGAACAAGAUCAAGGUCAAGGGAUUACGGACAUAUCGUCUUUCUUCUCAUUGCGAGCCCUUCAGAGGAUUUGUGGAAUAAUGGACGGGUUGCUUUUAUCUAAGUUUUGAUCAAUGUGGUAAGAGUACUGCAA